AUAAAGAGUUCUGUCGAGUUGAGUUAACGCAUGACAUUAAAAAAUUAAUAAAUAUUAACAAUAACAAAAGUUGGAAAAAACAACAAAUAAUGGAUGCCUGUGCAGCUGUGGAACGCGAAGUGGAUCGAGUUUUAUUAAAGUUUGGUGGGAUAAGUGAACAUGCUGAUCGUGUGUUGCGUGAAAUUAUAUUACACAUUGAAAACUUAAAAAAGGAGCUCGAAGAUGCUCCAAGUGACCAUGAGUUGACACCUGAACAAAUAAAUAUACUUAAAGAAGCAAUGACAAAAGUAAAAGAAACUGUCCAUCAUCUAGCAACUGAUCAUCGUGAUUUACAUAGUACUGUAUCGAAAGUUGGUAAAGCAAUUGAUCGAAAUUUUAUUGCCGACUUUGCUGCCACAUGCAGAGAAGAUGUUUUUGCAAAUUCAGGGAAAAUUCAACUACUUAAUGAAGUUAUUUGCCAACAUUUUUAUCGACAAGGUUUACAAGAUGUUGCCGAUGAAUUAGCUUUAGAAUCUGGUGUUAAAACAGAUGCUGCAUGUAGAGAACCAUUUGUAGAAUUAAACCACAUUUUGGAUUGUUUAAAAAAACGAAAUUUAGAUCCAGCUUUAGGCUGGGCUGAACAACAUCGAAAUAGUUUAGAGGCACAAAAUUCAUCAUUAGAAUUUAAAUUACACAGACUUCGUUUCAUUGGACUUUUACAAGAAGGACCAGCACGUCAAGAACAAGCUAUUAAUUAUGCUCGAAGUUAUUUUAAUCAAUUUGUAGGAAAACAUGAAAAAGAAAUUCAAAUUUUAAUGGGAAUGUUCCUUUAUUUACCAAAAGGUAUUACUAGUUCACCAUACAGUUAUUUAUUAGAUCCUGAAAUGUGGAUAGAAAUAUAUGAAGUCUUUACACGAGAUGCUUGUGCGUUGUUAGGCUUGAGUGUUGACAGUCCAUUAGCUGUUUGUGUAAACGCUGGUUGUACGGCCCUUCCUGCUUUAUUAAAUAUUAAACAAGUUAUGCUUCAGCGGCAAGUGACAGGAAUAUGGAAUGGAAAAGAUGAACUACCGAUUGAAAUCGAUUUGGGAAAUGAAAGACGAUACCAUUCAGUAUUUGCUUGUCCAAUUCUGCGACAACAAUCAACAGAAAGUAACCCACCUAUGAAACUUAUAUGUGGACAUGUGAUAUCCAGAGAUGCUUUAAACAAAUUAUCAAAUGGAAACAAAAUGAAAUGUCCUUAUUGUCCUGUGGAACAAACACCUGCCGAUGCACGACUUAUAUAUUUCUAGUAAAAUAAUUUGUUAUAUAUUGUAUUUUAUUAUAAUUUAUUAGUUCUAUUAUUUACUUUUGUGGGUGCUCAACCAAUUGCAUAAUCGAUUUUUUUUUUAUGUUGUAAUAAUUGAUUUAUUUUCUUUUUCGCCACCUUUUAUUAAUAUAUUUUUUUAAUUCAUUUGAUUUGU